AUGCCCACCACCUCCAGCACUACUACUACCUCGUCCACCUCCUCAACUCCAGUCCCACAAACUGUGUUGUCCACGGCCCCUGUAGUGGCAGUCACUCCGCACUCUACCUCCACGUUCACAUCACAAACUAAAUUCGUGAUCAGUACCGGAUCCAUCGCAUCCGCAACUCCUUCUUCGACUGUUAGCUCUUCAGGCUCCGUCAACACUGCUGCAGUCAUAGGUGGUAUCGCUGGCUGUCUCGCCGGUUUGGCUGUGUUGGGUUUCCUCAUCAUGUGGUGCAUUCACCGCAAUCGCAAGUCUGAUGAAGACGAAUGGAGCGCUUCAGUCUUCAAACGUCAGUCUGCCAUCCUUGUGGAUCCCGAACCAUCCUUUAAUCCCCGCCCACCAACCAUGAUCGAAUGUCACAACGCAUCCCCUGCCCUCAAUGCUAAACACAACUAUCAGAAUUAUUAUGGUGGUUAUGGUCAAAAAGCUGCCUAUGGUGAUACCUUGCAUACUCCCCCCCCGGCACAGUACAUGUACAGCUAG